AUGGCGGCUCUUCGAACUUUGCUGCUUGCUCUAGCAGCAGCUACCGUCGCAAACGCCGAUAAUCUGAAGCCUUGCUUGCGGCAGGCUGUGAGCAAAGUUGCAUUUGCUGGUGAUCUUCUUUAUCAGGCUGUAGAUGUGGAAGUCUACAAUUUGGACUAUCCCGUUACUCCUGCAGCUGUUGCUUUCCCAACGACCGCAGAACAGGUCUCAGCUAUUGUUAAGUGUGCUGCCAACAAUGGAUAUCCCGUUCAGGCUAAGAGUGGCGGUCACAGCUACGGCAACUAUGGCCUCGGUGGAGUCGACGGUGCCGUCGCGAUUGACAUGAAGAACUUCCAACAAUUCUCGAUGAACACCACAAAUUGGGAAGCAACAAUUGGAAGUGGAACACUCUUGACAGACGUGACAAAACGCCUCCACGACGCUGGAGGCCGAGCAAUGUCACACGGCACAUCGCCCCAGAUUGGCGCGGGCGGCCACUUCACCAUCGGCGGACUAGGGCCAACAGCACGACAGUUCGGUAUGGCACUAGACCAUGUCCUAGAAGCGCAAGUAGUCCUCGCAAAUGGCAGUAUUGUCCAGGCAUCCGACACUGAGAAUCAAGACGUAUUCUGGGCAAUCAAAGGCGCAGCCUCAGGCUUCGGCAUCGUCACCGAAUUCAAGGUCCGCACAGAGCCUGAACCCGGCACAGCAGUGCAAUACGAAUUCAGUAUAAAAAUCGGAUCUACCGCUGAGCGAGCCGCAUUAUUCAAACAGUGGCAAGCCUACGUCUCCAAUCCAGAUUUAACCUGGAAACUGGCCUCAACGCUUACACUAGCCAUCGACAGCGUGAUUAUCUCAGGUACCUAUUUCGGUACGAAGGCAGAGUAUGACGAACUAGACAUUGGCUCCCAGUUCCCCGGUGCAAAUGGCAGCGCAAUCGUAUUCGAGUCCUGGCUUGGACUCGUCAGUGAAUGGGCUGAAGAAGUAGCACUGGAACUGGGAGGUGGGAUUCCAGCGCAUUUCUACUCAAAGUCUACGGCUAUGACUGCUGAGACACUAAUGAGCAAUGAGACGAUCGACGAGUUCUUUGAGUACGUCGAUAAUACUGCUCAGGGAACGUUACUUUGGUUCCUUAUCUUCGAUUUCGAGGGUGGUUAUACCAAUACGAUUGCAUCUGAUGCUACCUCUUAUGCCCAUCGUGAUGCGCUUAUCUGGUUGCAGACCUACACUAUUAACCUGCUUGGGGAUGUGACUCAGACUCAAAUUGAUUUCUUGGAUGGUGUGAAUGAUAUCGCUACGAGUGAUAAGGCGGCGUACGCUGCCUACCCUGGAUAUGUUGAUCCUCGUUUGUCUGAUGGUCCGGAGGCGUACUGGGGUGAUAACUUGCCCCGGCUGCAGAAGAUUAAGGAAGAGAUUGAUCCUAACAAUGUGUUCCGUAACCCACAGAGUCCUUCGCCUGCUGCGUGA